CCUCGGCACCGGGGUCCUGCUCCCCGGGGCAUGCGUGUCUCCUUGAGUGCCACCCGCAGGGUCCCCCCACCGGGACAUACGACCUUUGGCCCCCCGCUGCCUUCCCCGGCCCUUCCUGCUCCACCACCGUGCCCAGCCCCGAGGAGGCAUCGUGCUCCCCCCCCGGGCCUCCUCGCGGGGCUCGCCGUGGCCUUGUUCAAUUCCCCACUCGGGAGUGCUCUGUGGCGGGAAAUGCUGGGGUUGGCGGCCUGUGAGGCCGUCCUGGAGCAGUACAGAGCAUCCUGGUAGCACCUUUGGCCUCAAAGACUUUCACUUGGAGAAAUGAGACACAGAGCGUAUUCCCUGGGCGAGUGGCAGGGAGUGAGUAGAGCUGGCUCCCCAGCCAGCUACAGUCUCAGGGAAGCUCUCCAACGGCACUUGGAGCAGCUGUGAGGCUGGAGCUGGGAUUGACCAGGCCGGAGUGGGGCAAUGGGGCAGCCUGGCUGUUCAUUGGACCCCUUCCAUUGGGGUCUUGGCUUGACAGCUCUCGUGUUGUAAAAAGAAGCUGAUGGGUCUGAUAGGCGAAAGGCAGAGCUGAGUUGAAACAAGCCUGGAGUGUUUCCUGAAUACCUCCAGGGUCUGGGCUGAGAAUGAGGGGCACAGGUGUGUGAAGCCCUGUAGCACUGUUCCAGCCUCCUGUCACCCUGCCUAGCUGGGCUGUGGGUAGCUCAUGGGAGGCAGAGUUCAGCACCACAGCUCCACAUCAAAACCCUGCCUCCAUGACUCCCUGAGAUGCUACUUUUCUUGCUCAUUGUGGUAUGUUCCUCACUGAACAAGUAGGUGACACCUAGUGGGUUCUGAACAGUUUGGGGGAAUAAACAGUGAAUUGUUGGUCUGAUUACAGUUUUAUCUAAUAAGUUUUCCUUUGUUCUUAGAGUUUGUACCCAGCAGAUAGUAGCAUUCUGUUCUUGCAUUGCUGCCUUGCUGCAGUCGUUAACUUUUGCAUUAGGUCUCUAACACAGAUUGGCCUCUCCCACUCCUCAGUCAUGCCUGAGGCCCUUCUCAGCACAGCGGGGAUCACCUUUCGAGGAGAAGCUGAGGGGACAAAUGUCACUGUCCCCACAUAAUGGUGCCUGUGUGAUGUCAUGUCACCAACACAGGUCGCGUGCUUUGGCUGCUGUGCCAUCCUGGCUGGAUGUCACUCCUUAGCAUUUCCUAGGUUUGUCCUGGGCAUCAAGUCUGUAAGUAUUUGGCAGCUUCUUAUCAACUUGAAUCUCUGUUUCUUCUCCACUCCUGAGCUCUGAGAGAUUGCUGUAUGGAGUGAGCUUUUUGCAGUGCCUCCAGAGGAAUUUUUCCCACUCCUGUCAUGGACUUGGAAGUGUCCUUAGCAUAUAUUGAAAGACAAACCUGGGAACCUUUUUUCCUGGUUGUAGAUAUGUUUCAGUAAAAAGUAUCAAGAGCAGAGGAUGGACAAAGAAUUUAUGUGUUUUGAACUAAUUGAGUAGUUCUUGUCUCAUUACUAUGUGUUGAUAUUUUAUACUUGUUCCACUCACUCCAAAUCUUCCACUUUUAUUUCUCUAGUAAAAGCCAGACUGCCUAAGACCAGACGGAGCUGUGCUGACCACCUGUCAGUUCCUGCACUGGUGGCCAAAGUCUUCACAAGUCUUGCUGUGUAAUUCUCCUGUAGUUUUUCUCCCAUUGUGAAGCUCAGUUGCUGUCCCUUCAGUUUGGAUCUUCAGGAAGGGGCUUUAGACCUCCUUGGUGAAAUGCUGUUAAACACCCCAUGGUUUAGCUUGUUGCUUUUAACCCAGACUUGCUUCCCUACUCUUGUUUUACGCUGCGGUACAACUGCUCCCAUAGCCCAUACGAUGAGAAAGAAUGAAUCAGGGAUGGGAGCAAGGGCAGGCACUUCCCAGCUUCACUGCUGGAGAAACAGAGCUUCGUGGUCCACUGUCACUGUGCAGCGUGUCCACUUUGGGGCCUGGGGAAUCUGCCAGGGAGAAAAGUUGAUGUCCUUGGGGGAUUCCACACCCUGCACCUUUUGCCCUUUGCUAUGGCCCCCACACUGUCUGGUCACAGCCAGGUCAGCCCUCCCGGUGUGAGCACUGAGACAGCCCUUUAUUUUAGAUGUCCCUGGUGCACUCUCUCCAUGGCAAAGCUGCAGCCCUGGAUUGUCUGCCUAAGGAUGCUGGAAUCCUUCACAUCAUCUGGCGCUGUGCUCCAGUGCCCUGAGAGUGGUGGGAAAGUCCCUUGUGAACUCAAACACAAGAGCCCUCAGUCCCCAGCCCAGCCUGUGUGUGCAUGGGGGGAGGCAUUUGCUGCAGCACAGGGUGAGGUAGUGGCUGGAUUCCAGCUCUCCCACGGCUUGGUCCAGCGCCCUGCUGCCCCUGAGGAGGUCUGCCUCCACCUCAGGAAUGGGAGUGAACACUGGAGCUGUUCUGCUUCUCUUGCAGGGCAGCAUUCUGCUUAGGUAAAGGCUCAUUUUGAGCAGCCAUUCGCUUCUCAUACCUCCUUUGUUCAGUGUGGAGUGGAGUUCAGCACUGCAGCUGUUGAAUGGAAAUUACUAGCCCCAGCGCAAAUUCUGGGCACAGAUGUAAUCCUAGGAUGCAGGUGGAAUUUGCUGAUGCAUCCCCAUAGUGGGUGGUUUCUCACUGGUAUCUUUUGACCUGAGUGGCCAAGCAAAAACUUGUGGUCUUGAUUAGGAGAGAAAUUGUCAUCCUCUUGUUUUGCACCCAAAAUGUGGUUCUGCAGGAUGAUACUGGAGCUGAGAGGGAACAACAGUGCUUAACUGUGUGGCAAAGCAGCACGACUGUUGGUCCCUGCACCACUGUCAUUUUUGUGUUGGCUGAACUGUCUCUGAGCUGUUUUGUCCUCAUGGAUGACUUCUUGUGGCCAGCAGAACCCUUUGCUCUUCAGAUUGAACUUGUGGGUGAACUCGGACAUUGCUUUGUCUCAGUGUGUGACUGCACUUGAGGCAAUUUGUUUCCUGGAGCUGAUGUAGGGGGGGGGCUGUUUCCGUGCUGUUGAAACAACAAGUUCGUACCUAGCUACCAGGUGUUGGAGCAGCUUUAGGCACUCAAUCAGUUGGUUUCAGAUCAAUGGUGUUGGACUUGUUCAAAGUUUUAAAUUUUUUUGAAGGGGUACAAACCCUUAUUUUGAAAUAUAUUCAGUUUAAAACCUACCUGUUUGGUGUUGUUGUUAACUUGCUUGUUCAAGCUUUAAUCAAAAGCCCCAGAGCUUCGAGUGAGGAACUUGAUGUGAACUCGAGUCUCAUUUAGAAAAAGAUGUUAUCCCUUUUAAUCAUAAAGAACAGAAAUUGCACCCUGCAAUGGCAUAGAAAACAAUAGCAAUUACAGUUGUCUAACCUCCUCUCCUUGUGACUUUGGGCUGUGUGAGGCUGACAGCAUGUUAUCAGGUCAGCUCGCAGCGCAUACAUUUGCAAGCUCUUGUUAUUUUAAGUGUGUCACCAAGCUGAGUUUAAAAUAACCUCCCGAGCCAAACUCCUGUGACACCCGGGCUCUUAUGAUCUUGUCCUUUCCUGUUAGGAAUGGGACUGCAGAGAGCUGCCACAUUGCCAUUAGGGGAGCACAUGCCACAGUGGGGCUCAGGCUGGAAGAAAUGAUUUUCACUGACAUAUGCUAGGGUACACAGAGGCCAGGGCGUGUGGUGGCCCUGUGUGCCUGUGGUGUGACAUUCACACAGGCUGUGGCAGUGCUCCAGCUGAUGUCCUGAAGCCUCUGAGCAGGCUGUGUGGCAAUAAAAGGUGCUAGCAAAAUAGUCGUAAGCAAGUGCAGCUGUACGGUCACUCCAACAGUGACAACUUUGGCCUCUGUAUUGUGGGUCAGUAAGUCCAAGCCAAAAUCCAUUAAUUACUUGGUUGGGUUUGAAUUCCAGCCUGGCCAGUUUAUCCUGGGCUUUUCCCAGCUCAUGUUUCUACAAUAAAAUUCCAAAGUGUAGUUUUACUGCUGUUGUGAGCUGCAGAAUGGAUACCAGCUCCUUUGCCAUAGGGUUGGGUUGGCAGAACUAGAGAUUGCAUUAAGCUGUGACCUUCUUCCACCCCAAAACUCUGACUUGAGUUAAAUGUAAAGGGAAAACUUCCCUGACUGGUAAUCAGUAGGGAUUUACCCUGAGGCAGAUGAUGUUUUUCCUGCCCAGAGCCACAGAGAUCUGGCAGCUGCUGCCCUGUUGUGGCCAUAGCCUGGCAUGUGAAGGUGCCUCUAUCUCCACCAGUUCUCCUGGAUGCUCAGCAGCUGCUUUGUCGCGCUGUCCUUGCAGUGAGCAUGGGAGAUGGUUUGCAGGUGGACAUCAGGAGUGACUGUGCUGGUGUGCAGGUGGGACAGAAGGGUGGAUGCAGGGAAGGACAUGGGGCAGAGGGGGAAAGACAAGGCAGCAUGGGCUGGUUCUGCCAGUCUGGAUGCAUCCUCACCUGCUCCAUGUGGGUGCAUCUUCCUUUCAUCCUUCCUGCCCCUCUCUCAGAGCUCCUGUGUCUCCAUGGGGAAAUGGUGAUUACUAGCCGUUGGCUGGCACCAUCCUCACCUGGAAGCUGAACUAAAGGCCCUGCUUCUUCCCUUCCUUAUGUAGGCACAGCUUCCAGUGCACUCCUGCCCUGUGUUGACUGAGCAACUCCAUGGCAAAACUGCCCUGUAGAGAGACAAGUUCAGCAUGUUCUCCCUGUGCUGCAAUGAGGCUGGGCUCCAGGCAGUGGCAGCUGAGGCCAUGCCAUGGCCAGAUUUCCACCCCAGCAGCUGCCAGCAGUACCCCCCCCGUGUCUGUGCUGGUCACAUCUGUGCCGCUGUUGGCACUUACUCCAGAUUGGGGUCACACAGGGCUUCUGGCAUUUUCACACCUGUGUGUAAGCUGAUUGUAAGAUCCACAUCCCUUUUUACAGCUUCAUUAGGCCCCAUCACUUUUUAUUUUUACAGUGGGAUGAUCCACUGAUAGCUGUAAAGCCGGGUGGAGAUGAGGCACAGAUGGCUUUCACUGCAGGCUGGUUUUGCAAGGUCAUUGACAGCCGGGUGAGAGCACAGGCAGUGGCCAAGCUGGCAGGGCAUGUUGUGAUGCCACAGUGACAGUCCCCUCUAGGCAGGGACACCGGGAAGACUUUCAUUCUCCUCCUUGAAUUUUAAUUUGCUCUUUCACACCUAGUUCGUUGGUGUACUAGGUUCGAUUUGUGGUUUGAGUGUGCUUUUGACCAUCUGAGGGGGUAGUGUGUGGAAGCUGAGCUUUGCUCCCUUGGUUACUGGGGGAAACUUGAGCCAGGCAGGUGGUGGCAUCUGACCCACAACUUCUUUGCUCUGUGCUAAUUGCUGUGAAUGUCACAACACAGCCAGGUUUGCUGCCGGGGGCAGAUUGGGUAGCAGUCGAAUAGUGCGGUACAUCUCAGUUGUGGGAUUCACUUCCCUUUGGGACUUGGAGUUCCUCUGGGCUGCAGCUCCCAUAAGGAUGCAGACGUCCUGUCUUCAUCAGGAGUUCACAGUUUGACUGUACAAGUGCUAACAAACAGUGCAGCCCUGUGGGUAUGGAGUGGCUCUGGAACUUUCCUUGCAGAGCUUGGCAGGGUAGCAUCUCUCCUUGAGAAUGUGUAGCUCCUCUGCGAUCCUGCAUGGGAUGUUCCAUGUUGUACAGCCUCUUUCUGAGAUGCUGCUGACCUGGUAUGUGCUGGAGUCUGAGGCUGAUUCACAGGUUGAGGUCUGGCAAGUGUAGGUCUGUCUGACCCAGCCCUGUGGUGGUGAGAGCUUCUAUCACAGUGCUACAGAGCAACCUCAGGGUCUCCAAGCUACACUUUAACUGCUGCAUCUAAGGCUUGACUUUCAGGUGAGACAGGAGUGUGUAUGUGUAUUGCAAGAAAACCAAGAGGAUGAUGGUCGAUGCUCUGCUUACCCUUCUUUUUAUACUUUUUCUUUUUUUAAAAAAAACAUGCAAGCAUAUGAGAGCUGGAAGGUGGAAGAGCCAGCCAGCCUGCUUGGAAUACAAAUUCCUAUCGCAGCUGUAUCCAGGGGCCCUCCAGGCAUGUGUUAAAGCAAGACAAAUAACUGGCUCAUGGUUUGUUUUCUCUUUCCCUUCUCCCCAGGCAAGAGGAUGUUGCGGGUGUGGUGCAAUAGUUCAUUCUAGGAGGAUUCAGGACACUUAUGUCUGCAGCUCUGUAGUCUGCCAGUUGCUCCUUCCAGGAGAUUUUUCUGUAGGACUGCAGUGGGGAGGAACAUGACUGCACAGCACUGCCAGUCUCUGCUGGAAACCGAGAUGUUGAUGUUAGAACAGCCCUGCAUUUGCUCCUUGCUGCCUUCUCAGCACUGAGCUCUUUAGGAUGCCCUCAGACCUCACUGAGCCUUUCUCUGGGGUUACAAAGGUGAAAAAUGUUCCUUUUAAAAGCAGGGCUGAGGUUCUCACCUAGCUGUGUAACCUUGGAAGCUGAAGCUUUAAGGAAUGGGGAGAAAAAAAAAAGCAGACAUUUUGAUGCUUGUGGUGGAGUCAGGAGAGCUGGUAGUGGAGCAUAUGGUGCAGUCUGGAGACACAGACCUGUAAGAGUGGGCUCCAAUAGCUGUGUGGGUCCAAGGCAGGCAGCCUCUCCUUGCAGACAGGGCUGCUGCCCCAUGGCCCUGGCUGGCGGUCAGGCACCCCUGCAUGUUUGCAGGGUACAAGCUUUCCUGCAGAUGUCCCUCUCUACAGUUUCCUUUGCAUCCUCUGAUUUCAUGUGAGAUGCCAGCUCUUCUUUGACUUGGUCUGGGGAGACUCUUGGUGAGCUCAGCAGAUGGAGAUGUGGUUUUCAUCCUGCAGGAAAAGCAGCUCACCCUGCUCUCCUCAUGGUGCACUGGGCUGGGUGCUGUGCCCUGACAGGGUAACAGUGCCUUUCAUGCUGUUCUCUUGUUUCAGGCCAGCAAAGAUGCUGCUGUAGAUGACUGACUUGCUUGUGCCUCACGUGCUAUGGCUCUACAUGGCCUCUUCAGGACCAGACCAUGCUAAUCUGGGCCCCAAACAGGAGAAGAGUGUUGGGCCCAAGUCAGGCACCCUUCAGGCUGGGAGACCUCAGCCGUGCUGGGCCUGGCGCCUCUCUCAGCAGCAGGCAAAACCCGCCUGGAAUUUAAAGAGGUAUGUGAGUGCUUUCCAGGAUCGAAUCCUGCUGCCCUCAGGGAUCCCUCUGCAGCAAUCCUGCUUCUUGUGCUCACCAUCACUAUGCCACGCACAGCCCACUGAAGACACCCUCCAAAGCCCUCCUGGCACUGCCUCUGCCACAGGAAGGGCGAUGUCUUCCUUGCUGAUGGAACCCUGCCUGCUUCCUGUGCUGGUGGAGGAGCAGUCUGGGACUGGGGUCAAAGGUUCUGCCCUCAGCUCAGGUCAGCAGGCUGCCAGCUCCUAUAGACCAGUGCUCAAUAACAACUCCUUCCUACGUCCAAGCAGUGCUAAAGUGCCUUUUCUGCAGUCACUGGAGAUCAAAAAGGUGGAAAAAUCCCACAGUUCUCCUGCUGCCUCAUGGCCCCACUCUGGGGGCAAUGGAGACAGCUUCUCUAGCAGCCUGAUCAAUGGAGCAGUGACGAACAGCGACCUUGUGUUGAAGAAAACCAUGGUCCCCUCCCUGACCCUUGUGCCAAGCAGUGCUGUCCUCAGGAAGGACCAGUGCUCAUGGCGGGACACUCAGAAGAGAGUUCACAGCUCAAAAGAGAAGGAACCAGAGAAAAGCCUCUUGAAGGCUGUGCAGCAGCUAACCAGUCAGGCUGCCGCACGCAACGGCUUUGGGUGCCAAGUCAAAAGUUCUGGCCUUACAAAGGUGGGCAGCCUGUCCAACUGGAACAGCAGGAGGAGGCAGCAUGUUGGAGCGCAGCUCACCCCGAAAGACACUAUUGCUCCUCUGAACUUGGAGCGGGGGAGCCAUCGCCUUAACAGUAACUCGAGCCUUAGGGGCACCAGUGGUGCCGUUGCCUGCACUAACCGGGUCAGCGUCUGUCCCUUGGCCUCGCGCGCUGCCGCUCUCGACGGCACCUCUGACUGCCGGCUCGUGGGCGUGCACAGCCCGCGUGCGGGGAAUCGGGUGGUGAGAGCUGAGCCUCUGCACGUCGGUGCCGUCUCCGAAGUGACAAAACAGAUGUCCACCAUUCAACUGGAAAAAGAGAAGAAGUGGGUCCAGGCUGUGGUCCCAGGAAAGCUUGAUGCCACUGUUGAGCAGUCACUGCUGGAGCCAAGCCAUCCCCAGGAUGAAGCAGAGGAAGAACUUCCUGAUGGCCUGGAUGAGAGCUGCAGUCAGGAGGAGGAUGAGGACAGUGACUCGGAUGCUUCCUCUGUUACUGACGUGUUAUCCAAUGGCUCCAUGAGUCUUGUAUCCAGGAAUUGCAUCAAGUGCCUGGCCCAGCCUGCUGAGGCUCAGGAAAAAGUGCUCAAACCAGCUCUUGUCUGCAGUUUAUUCCCUAAUGUGCCUCCAACUAUCUACUUCAGUACUCGGGAUGAGACAGUGGAAAAGCUGCCUUGGGAGCAGAGGAAGCUGCUGCGGUGGAAAAUGUGUGGAGUCACACCAAACAUUGUGAAGCAAACUGUUUGCAGGUCCCACUUCAGAGUUAGCAAAAAAAGCAAUGACUGGCUGGGUUGCUGGGGCCACCACAUGAAAUCUCCCAGCUUCAGAGCCAUCAGGGAGCACCAAAAGCUGAACCACUUCCCCGGCUCAUUUCAAAUUGGGAGAAAAGACCGUCUGUGGCGCAACCUGUUGAAGAUGCAGGCUCGCUGUGGGAAAAAGGAGUUUAACUUCUUCCCUCAGUCCUUCAUCCUGCCACAGGACAUCAAAUUACUCAAGAAAGCGUGGGAGGAAGGAGCUAGCAGACAGAAAUGGAUUGUGAAACCACCAGCAUCGGCAAGAGGCAUUGGUAUCCAGGUCAUCCACAAAUGGAGCCAGCUCCCGAAAAGGAGGCCGCUGUUAGUACAGAGGUAUCUGCACAAACCCUACCUCAUUGGCGGGAAGAAGUUUGACCUGAGGAUCUAUGUUUACGUCACUUGCUAUGAUCCCCUCAGGGUCUACCUCUUCAAGGAUGGAUUGGUCCGCUUUGCCAGCUGCAAGUACUCCUCCUCGAUGGAGAGCCUCAGCAACAAGUUCGUGCACUUAACCAACUACAGUGUGAACAAGAAGAACACAGAGUAUAAGUCCAACUCGGAUGAGACUGCUUGUCAGGGACACAAAUGGGCACUCAAAGCUCUCUGGAAUUACCUGACCCAGAAGGGAGUGAAUAGUGAGGCCAUCUGGGAGAAGAUUAAGGACAUCGUUAUCAAAACCAUCAUUGCAUCUGAGCCCUAUGUGAACAGCCUUGUGAAGAUGUACGUGCGCCGGCCAUAUUGUUGCCAUGAGCUGUUUGGGUUUGAUAUCAUGCUGGAUGAAAACCUCAAGCCCUGGAUCUUAGAGGUCAAUAUUUCCCCAAGCCUCCACUCCAACUCGCCUCUGGAUGUGAGCAUCAAGGGCCAGAUGAUUCGAGACCUUCUCAACCUUGCCGGCUUUGUUCUGCCCAGCAUGGACAGCGUGGCCUCAAGGCCAGAGACAAGAAGUAGCUCUACCUGCAGUCUGGACAGUGCUUUGAAGGAGAAGCCCAAGCCAGUGUCUGAGCAUUUCAGAGCAGAGAAGAUGAAGCAGGCCUAUUACUUGAUGCAGAAGAUACCUGACCAGGAUUUUUAUUCUUCUGUCUUGGAUACCCUGACCCCAGAUGAUGUUCGCAUCCUGGUGGAGACAGAGGAUGAGUAUUCCCGGCGUGGGCAGUUCGAGAGGGUGUUCCCCAGCCACAUCUCUAUGCGGUACCUGCGCUUCUUUGAGCAGCCUCGUUACUUCAACAUCCUGGUGACCCAGUGGGAGCUCAAAUACUACUUGAAUAGACAGAAAGGUCUGGAGCUACUGAAGAACUGGUGUGUCAAAGGGUACCACACUGGGACAGGGACAGAUUUUGCCCAGAUGUGGUCAUUGCCAAAGUCUUUCUUCCUCCAGAAGAGUAGCAUUCAAUCAAAUGGCUUCAGCAAACUGGAACUGGGCAGACUGGGUACGCAACUCCCUUCAGCUGGUGAGGACCUCACAAGAUGCCUGGAGCCCAGCCCUACUCAGAGCUUACCUCUCAACAAGUGCACUGGUGGAGCCAAACAGAGACCUUCUGGCUGCCUCUCGGACACCGCCCUGGUGAUGUGACCAGGCAGCCACUGGGGACACAUCAACCUACCUCAAAGGAAGAGAUGGGAGCUGGCUCUGUAGAGCAAGGACUGUGGGAGCCCCUUGCACUGCACACUUGCUUGCGGGGCUGUUUUUGGAGAGGGAUGUUUUACUGGGCAAACAGGAGAGCUGUGACUUCAGUUUUCAAAACAAAUGGCAAAGCCUGAGGAAGUGGGGUUUGUCAGGCCUUUGUCCUAAGCUGCUUUUAAAUCCUGACAUGGCGGUUUAUCUGCUGCGUAGGAGCUGGCUGAGCCUGCCCUUCUUGUCCCCAACCAGCAUAGGCUGAGCCCUUGGUUGCCUGUGUCUCUGUGUCCUGAGCUGCUGGCAGCCAAGUGUGCUCUUGCCCUGCUGCAGCCUGGGCCCUGGAGAAAAGUCCCCUAUCAGUACCCCACUCCUCUGGAAGGAGCAGGGCUUGGGACCUUUUCUGAAUGCCUGUGCCAACAUCCUGUCCUACCCCAGCAUCGGGCCCUGGGGGAUACCUCAGGCUUACACAUUGCUGCUCAACAGACACCAUGUGUAGCAGCAUGGCUGCAGUUUAUGGGGACAGUAGGGCUGCCAGAGAUGGAACAUCCUUCAGCCGAGCCCAUUGGCUCUCUGGUGUGCCCUACAGCGUAUGUGUGUGGACUGCAGGCUGAUGCUCUUCUCUUGGACUCUGCUCUCUAUUUUCCAUUUGUUUCUCAAGGAUUUUUAUUAAAGUUUAACACUCAGCUGCU